AAGAGGCAGGAGAAUGUGGAGUGGUGGGGGAGAGCAGGCACAGCAGUCCUGAGGACCAGGCCAACAUGACCCUGCAGUGCACCAAGUCAGCCGGACACUGGCGGAUGGUGGUGUGGGAUGAAGAGAGCUUCCAGGGCAGACGGCAUGAGUUCACAGCUGAGUGUCCCAGUGUGCUGGAGCUUGGCUUUGAGACUGUGCGAUCUUUGAAAGUCCUGAGUGGAGCGUGGGUGGGCUUUGAGCAUGCUGGCUUUCAAGGGCACCAGUACGUGCUGGAGAGGGGCGAGUACCCUGCCUGGGAUGCCUGGAGUGGCAACACAGCCUACCCUGCUGAGAGGCUUACCUCCUUCCGGCCUGUGGCCUGUGCUAACCACCGUGACUCUAGGCUGACCAUCUUUGAGCAGGAGAACUUCCUCGGCAGGAAAGGCGAACUGAGCGAUGACUACCCCUCUCUGCAGGCCAUGGGCUGGGACGGCACAGAAGUGGGCUCCUUCCGUGUUCAAUCUGGGGCGUGGGUUUGUUCCCAGUUUCCUGGCUACCGAGGUUUUCAGUACGUACUGGAGAGUGAUCACCACUCGGGUGACUACAAGCACUUCAGGGAGUGGGGCUCCCACGCCCACACCUUCCAGGUGCAGAGUGUGCGCAGGAUCCAGCAGUGAGCACUACGCACAGGCGUGCUGGGGGGCCUUUGUGAAUGACGGAGUGACCGGCUGGAGAUGUGGCUGCUCUUGGCUACCCCUAUGCCUCCUGCGAACCUUGCAUCCCUGUCAGCCAGCC